AUGUCCUCAGAACCUCAAGUAGACGAACGGUUCAGACAGAUCCCCGUGUGUCGACGCUGCCGGCUGCGUAAGAUCAAGUGCGAUCGCGGCGUCCCCAAGUGUUCCAACUGCACCAAGUCAAGCUCGGCAUGCAUCAUUGUAGAUCCCAUUACAUCGGAGCAAUACCCUCGCGACUACAUCCGGCGCCUUGAAGAUGAGGAACGGCAACUGCUUGCGAAGCUCGAGACCUUGUCGCCGCAGGAUCCGCCUCCGAUAGCUGAUCCACCGCGUGAUGAUGAGACGCCCAGGAGCUUGACAUCCACAGUAUCGACAGCGCGCCCUAACGGCUUUGUUGGAGACGGGAGUGGAUUAAGGCAAGUCAAGCUACCUGUCCAUGUGGCAGUGGACCGUUCUCGACACAAUCAGACACUAACCAUCGGCGUACAGCUUCCUCCGUCACAUCUUCUCGGAUGCAAAGUGGCAGGCAUACAAGCCGCAGAUCCUCCAACACCUCGCAGAGCGACCCCGGCUUCCUGA